UGGCAGUUUCCCAUGUAAAAUGGCGGACUUGAAACUGCGACACAGACCCAUAUUCAAAGGCGCCAAACUGCCCGUUUUGAUCGAAGAAGCUCUGGCCGAUGUGCUCGUCGUUUGCCUCGAACAUGAUUCUAGAUGCUUCCGAGGGAUUUUGCUGGACACGAGCAAGAGGAAUAUCCCACAUGGUGUGAGCCUUCCCUUGAGGCAGGCGGGGGAUAGUUUAGGGCCAAAAACAAAAGCAACAGGGGUGACAGUUGUAAAUUUUCACAACUCCAAAGGGAAAGAAAAAGAUGUUACCAAGCAACAAGAGAUGUCAUCACUACCUCUUCGACAUACAUAUAACCAGGACCUGUCGAAAGUCGGGGGUAAACUUACUGAAAUGGCAAAACGAGCAAGCACAAGACAUUUUAAAGACAAGACAGUGCGAAACAUAAGACUUAGACCUCGGCAGGUUUUGUGUACGAAAUGUAAGGCUUCUUGUCAUGAUCAGGGACAAAACAACAACUCUAAUGCUCGCAGCACUUCAGCUUCUCGUGAAAACGAGAACGAAGUUACGGAACAUAGUGGUCCACAUUCUCUAAAAUCUAGGGGAAGACCCAUAAAGCAGAAGCCACAGCGCAUAGAAUUACGCAAGAGACCACUUAUACCUGUAAUGGAUACGUUUCCACGUGUUAAGCUUCAGCGGUUAGACUCCUCAAAGCUCAAACAAACAAUCAUUUGUCGUGAGACAUCGGACACUGAUGAAGGAGCUGAAUCAACUGCUGAUCAUGGUAAUGUGGCUUCAGCGCUAGCAGAAGCCAACACAACAGCUUUGUCAGCACCUCCUAAAGUUAGUCCCAUUAUUAAGAUCUCUAUAGGUGAAGGGACAGUUCUCAAAAUUCCACCCCGCCUCCAUGAAAUCAAAGAAUCUGAAGGGGAAUGUGAGGAAGAGGAUGCUGCCUUGUUGGACAAUGAGAAUGACCAUGGGGUCGAAAAUGAGGUCAUGAAACCAGAAGUUGACAACGAGGUUCAUUUAGAGAUGCCCGUUUUAGAAAUUCAGAGUCCAGGUACAUUUUUAGAAGACACAAAAGCAGCAGAAAAAGAACCUUUUGAAAAUGUUCAGAAAGCAGAACAUAAGAAGCGAAAAAAGGCAAUGAAGAAGGCAAGGUAUCGAGAGAAAUAUGGUGAACACUCGGAAAACACUCACCCAGAGCGACAUCACAAACACAAGAAAAAACACAAACACCGACACAGUCAUGAUAUUGUAGAGCGUCGACCCACCCCAAUGGUAGCUCGCUCACCUCUUUCGUCAACAAGCUAUAGUGCUGAGCAACAGUUCAAAUGCACCUCAGAAGAAAACAUUAAUGUGUCACCUCCAAGAAUUGACAGUGAAAAUGACAUUGAAAAGGAAGCAACAUGUGAACGUGAUAGACCGAGACUGCUUUAUCGAUGGAGGCCCAAAGAUGGAUUGUCAAGUCUUGAACCCAAACUUAUGGGUGUCAAGGAGCUCCAUGGUAGCAACGGGAACUAUUUUGUGGAGGAUGGUAACCGUGGGAAUAUGGACAGUGACUAUAAACGUGAUAGUGAAUCGGAAAGACCCGCUUUGUCAAAUUACAGCAGUUUACAAAAUUCUCCAGCUCUGUCGAACUGCAGUUCUCAGCCAAGUUCAGACGAGAAGGAACCAAUGGAUUGUAUGUCUGAUUUAAAUCUCGAGUCGGACUAUGGUGAAGAUGAAGACGAUGACUUCACAGAAAACUUACGCGAGAGUACUCGUUUCAAGGAAGAGGCAGAGAUGAAUUCGGUGGAGAACUUGAAACCUUCUCUGAUGAUGCGAAUUCAAACUAGAAGCGUGCUAAAAUGCGUGACCUCUGAGGGUAGGUUGAUUUCUGUGGGAGACAUUAUUUGGGGAAAGAUUCAGGGCUUUCCUUGGUGGCCAGGCCGGGUGUUGUCGAUUUCGGUCAGCCAGAAAGACAACAGUGUGGUGAUCACACAGCUAGCUCAUGUCUCUUGGUUUGGGUCAUCAACUACCUCUCACAUGCAGUGCUCAGACUUGUUCCCUUUCCUCGAGGAUUUCAAAAUACGCUACAACAAAAAGAAGCGAGGUCCUUACAAGAUGGCCAUUAAGCAGGCAACUAUGGCUUCUCAGAGUGGUAUGAAUAUAAGCCAGGACAUUGAUCUUGAUGAGUUUGACCUGUGAUGAAAUUUUAAAGAUGGGAUUCUGCCAAUUACAGUGCAAAGAUCUUACGGUUGUGCUUCCAGAUGUAUGUGUAUGUGUAAACAGAGAUGAGUGCACAUCUCUUUCCCAGGUUGUCAGUGCUGUCUAUGGUCAGAGUCAGUCAUUCUCACAUAGUCCCUCAUCCAUUACACCUGGAUGUUGUGCUAAUUAACUCACCGAGUUAGGGCAUUCUGAUGCCAGGUGGUGUUCACUUCAUCUGUGUUGCCACGGCAACCUUCAUUAUUCAUUAUUCUUUUGCUCAUUUUUGUCAGUAUUUUGCAAAAAUCUUGUCAGUUUUUAAAUGAAGAAGACUUCCCUCACCUGUUACAAUAUCAAGCUAGAAGUUAUGCCCAUUUUGAUUCAUCAGCUUUCAAUCAGGUCAGCUAAACUACAGCUGUAUCAAUGCUUACAUGACUUUAAGAAUACCAUUUGACUUGUUUUUGUUGUGUACUGAAUAAUUCAUUGUCUGAUUCCCCAUAAAAAAAUGAUCCAGAGAAGAUUACUUUUGAAAAACAGAAGAAGAGAGACAGCAUCAGUGUAUUCCAGUGGCAUAGAAUGCUGUAGACAUGUACUCAGUGGUAACUUUCGGCCACAGGGUAAUGAUCUACGGGAUUAGGCUUAGCACAGACUUAACUUCAGAAGUAUUUGUUGUGCUAAAUUUUUGACUAACCAUGAUUGAAAUUUUUAUUGGAACACCCUGCAUGGGAGUAAAUGAUCAUGAUCCAGAGGAAAUGAACAUGGAUCGAGAGGAAAAUUAGUGUUUUAGUCAAACCUGAGAUCAGGACUAAGGAAACAAGUACAGGCUAAAUGUUAAAUUUAUACUAAGCUUAAGACAGCUUUGUGAUCUUGCUGCUAAGUCUUUUGGCACAGCUCUCUGUGUAUGUGUUGAGGGACCUAACAUUUCAUCCAUGCAUAAGAUCAUCAUUUGCCCUGAUCAUGAGAUUUCUCUGGAUCAUAGAAAGGUGUUUUGAGGUUUGCUUGGAAGAUUGUAUGAUAGUCUUUUGGAAAAAUGUAUGUUUUAGUACCAAAAAUUAUAAUUUAUAACAUCUUAUUUGCUUCUGUCUAAAAAUGCCAAAUGUUAGGUCAUGUAGGGUAUGUGUAGGGUUGCACUACAGGGUUGUGCUUUGGUUUCUGCAUGUAGAUCCCACAUAUGCUAAUGACUAACACACCUUCUGUAAAAUGCAUUUUCACAACUUUUAAUCAGACAGGUUUGCUUUCAUCUGCAUUGUACAUGUUCCAAAGCUGCAACAGAUUUGGUGCACAUUUAACUCUAAUCAAAGAUCUGAUCAGUUGAUUCAUUCAUGGCAUAAAAAAUGUUGCAUUGACAAAUAGUCGAUCAAGUGAAAGGUAUGGAGUUUCCCUCCGACAGUUUGUAACCAUAUAUUCCAUGCGCCUCAAACCAUUUAGGCGAUUGGUGAACUAUUUAUAGAUACAUUCUGAACAAAUCUACAGAUAUUUUGCAUUACAACAAUA